CCGACUCAAAAAGGAAGAAGCAAGAACAUUACAUAUUCCUCUUUACUGGAUUAAACACAGUUUCGGUCACAAAGUUCAAGAUGAAGUUUUUCCUUCUACUGGCGAUGUUGACUGCGUGUGCUUCAGGUCUUCAAGAUCUGUCAGGAAAGAUGCUCACCUUCCCAGUGCAAACAAACUCUGCUCGAGUGAAGCUGAUACCAACAAAACAGACUUUCAGUCUUCUAACUAUCUGUCACAGAUCCUUUACUGACCUCAAAAGAGACCACUCCCUGUUCUCUUUGGCCACCCCUACUCAUGCCAAUGAUUACCUAAUUUACUGGGAUAACAACAAUAAAGAGUUUGAGCCCCAUAUUAAGAAUAAAAAGGCAGAGUUUCAAGGGUUCGACUACAAGCUGAAUAUGUGGCACUCCAUCUGCACCACAUGGGACUCUCAGUCUGGACUGGUGCAGCUGUGGCUUGAUGGACAGCCUUCCAUCAGGAAAUUUGUCAGUUCUGGAGUAAACAUCAGUGGAGAACUUAUGAUUAUUUUAGGACAGGAGCAAGAUGCCCAUGAUGGUGGGUAUGACAUAAAGCAGUCUUUUGUUGGCAUGAUGUCUGACGUCCACAUGUGGGACUACAUCCUCUCCCCCUGUGAGAUCCAGAAUUACAUGAAUGAACAGAGCUUCACUCCAGGGAAUGUGCUGAAUUGGAGCGCGCUGGAAUAUGAAAUCAUCGGCAAUGUGCUUGUGGAAUAUAAACAAAUCACAUGUCAUUAAGCUUUUAAAAACAAUGAUGUUAGUGAGAGGAGGUGAGAAGUCAUUACUUUAUUUUUUUUAUCUCCAUGAUAAAGAAUAAGUUAGCGAUGCCAAAAAAGAAAAUGUUAGAGCAUUAUUUCGUAGAGAAAUUGAUUUUUCAGCUCUAACAUCAUACAUGCAAUUCUGAUUUAAUUUCCAUUUACGUAUUAAUAGAGUAUUCAAUUCAAUUCAAUAAAUAUACCACACUACUUUUGUGAUU